UCGCGCAAUUGAUACAAAACUUCCAUCGUCACAUGCCUCCAGACAUAUCACACGUAACAUCGAUAGAUAAUCUGCCAGGGCAAAACCUAGCUACCCUGCCGGAGCGCAUGUACUUACAUGUAGCAUCUACUUAUGCACGCCAUACCCCUCCCUCGAACAAUCCGGGUAUCCAGUUCAUGCACGACCCUCCCAUCCAUCCAUCCAUCCAUCAACCCAACCCAACCGAAUCAGAAUCAAAAAUCCCCAUCCAGCCCGACAAAUCCGUACAAAUCACACAUUCAAAUCCACACCGUGGUACAAACCUACGAAUUGCCCGAAAAUAGUAAAACCAAAGAAUAGGAGAAAAGAAAACGCAAUAACCCCCUAUUGGCACGGAAACUUGCGCAAAACUUACUAA